AUGGCCUUAGUGACUAAUGUUCAGUUCGGGCACUACCACCCUCCUAAUACUCUCGGAGUCCAGGAGAGGAAUCCCCGCAUCUCGUGGAGUUUCAAGAAUACUCCCAGACAUUUUCGACAAGAGGGUUACGCAAUUGAGAUACUCGACUCUGAGCACACUGUCCUCUCAACUGCUAAACGAACUUCGCAGCAGUCUUACUUAGUCCCAUGGCCGUCUGACCAACCCCUAAAAUCGCGCCAGAAAAUUUCUCUUCGAGUCAAGGUGUGGGAUGGAGAGGGUUAUAUCUCCCCAUGGAGUGAAGAGGCCUAUCUCGAGACGGGCCUCCUGGAGCGAAGCGAUUGGCAGUGUGAGCGUAUUGCUGCCCCCUGGGGACUUGAAACCACCGGUCCCGCCCCGGAAGAUUUGUACAGAAAAGAAUUCUCCCUCACUGGACCUGUCCGCCAAUCCCGCCUGUAUGUUACUGCGCAGGGUGUUUAUGAGGCGGAGAUUAAUGGUCAGCGAGUGGGUGACUACUUCAUGGCUCCUGGCUGGACUACCUACGACGGACGAUUGCAAUAUCAGACCUACGAUGUCACAUCUAUGCUUUCAGCCGAUACAAAUUGUAUCGGGGUUCGCGUCGCAGAGGGCUGGUUUUGUGGCCGUAUUGGAUUCGAAGGGGGACAUCGCAACAUUUGGGGCCCUCACACGGCGCUGAUGGCCCAACUUGAGGUCACUUACACCGAUGGAAGCGUUGAUACUAUCUCGUCCGACCGCUCAUGGGUUGUCACGACGGGACCUAUUCGACUGGCCGAAAUAUACGACGGCGAAAAAUAUGACGCCACUCGAGAAAUCCCCUGUUGGUCAUCUCCGGCCAUGGCCUUGCCAACUGCCUGGGAGCCAGUCCUCCUUAUGGAUCCACUGCCCGACUCGGUCGAACUUACUGCUGGGUUUAGUGAGCCUGUCCGGAGGACUGAAGUCAUUCAGCCCAUCCAGAAGGUUGUUACACCUUCGGGCAAGAUAAUACUUGAUUUUGGUCAGAACUUAGUCGGCUAUGUCAGACUUAAGAAUAUCAAAGGCCCUCGCGGUCACAUCGUAAGGUUGUCGCAUGCGGAAGUCCUAGAACAUAAAGAGCUGGGAGCCAGGCCACUCCGCAUCUGCCAGGCGAUCGAUGAGUAUACACUGAAGGGAGACUGUCAAGGAGAGCAUUACGAGCCCCGGUUCACGUUCCACGGAUUUCGGUACGUGCAGAUUGAUGGAUGGAGAGGGGACUUGGACUUGGAGACAUCUGUGGAAGCCGUUGUCUGCCAUACAGAUAUGAAGCAAGUCGGUACAUUCUCAUGCUCUGAGUCGCUUUUGAAUCAGCUUUACAAGAAUGUCUGCUGGGGUAUGAGAGGCAAUUUCCUGUCGGUGCCGACCGACUGCCCUCAACGUGAUGAACGGCUUGGUUGGUCUGGGGACCUGGCGUUGUUUGCCCCGACGGCAACCCUAAUUUACGACUGCUUCAAUAUGCUUCGGAACUGGCUAGUUGACGUAGAAUAUGAUCAAAAUAUUCUAGGAGGGGUUCCGGCGAUGGUGACUCCCAAUGCCACACUCCCAGAUCCAAUAUGGUGCAGGCGUAUACCAUGCGCUAUUUGGCAUGACGUUACUAUCCUGGCACCAUGGGCUCUUUAUGAGGAAACAGGAGACGAGAGUAUAUUGGUGCAACAGUACGCGAGUAUGAUGACUUGGCUGAAGCGGUUGCCCCGAAACCAAACUGGUUCGACUCACCUGUGGGAUACAACCAUUUUCCAACUCGGUGUGCGUAUAGUAGUUCGGCGCUUCCAGCUACAAGAAUGGCUUGCUGACUAUUUACUAUAG